AUGCAUCAUUCAACAGUCACGACGACCUUCGUAACCCCGGCCACCGCCCGCCCUCGUCCACCGCCCGCCCUCGGCCACCGCCCGCCCUCGUCCACACCCUGCCCUCGGCCACCGCCCGCCCUCGGCCACCGCCCGCCCUCGGCCACCGCCCGCCCUCGGCCACCGCCCGCCCUCGGCCACCGCCCGCCCUCGGCCACCGCCCGCCCUCGUCCACCGCCCGCCCUCGUCCACCGCCCGCCCUCGUCCACCGCCCGCCCUCGUCCACCGCCCGCCCUCGGCCACCGCCCGCCCUCGUCCCACCCCGCCCUCGGCCACCCCGCCCUCGGCCACCGCCCGCCCUCGGCCACCGCCCGCCCUCGGCCACCGCCCGCCCUCUUUACACAGUUUAACAUAUUCCAAGAGUCUUCUACACUACACUUGCCUCAAAAACUGGUCCAAAACAGUCUCAAAACAGAGCAUUUCCCAUCUGCGGGCAGUGAAGUGUGUGGUGACAGUGAGGGGGCUAGAAGACCGUAUGGUCCCAGCGGUACCCCGCGGCGCCCCACGCCCACACCGCAGGUCCACACCCCUGCCGCUGCCGCCGUCACCCCUGCUGCCGCUGCUGCCGUCAGCGUCACCCCUGCUGCCGCCGCCGUCACCCCUGCUGCCCCUACCGUCACCCCUGCCGCCGCCGUCACCCCUGCUGCCCCUACCGUCACCCCUGCCGCCGCCGUCACCGUCACCCCUGCUGCCCCUACCGUCACCCCUGCUGCCCCUACCGUCACCCCUGCCGCCGCCAGCACCGUCACCCCUGCUGCCCCUACCGUCACCCCUGCUGCCCCUACCGUCACCCCUGCCGCCGCCAGCACCGUCACCCCUGCUGCCCCUACCGUCACCCCUGCCGCCGCCAGCACCGUCACCCCUGCCGCCUCCGCUGCCACCGUCACCCCUGCCGCCGCCGUCACCGUCACCCCUGCCGCCAGCACCGUCACCCCUGCCGCCGCCGCUGCCACCGUCACCCCUGCUGCCCCUACCGUCACUCCUGCCGCUGCCGUUAUCCUGCCGACCCCCCGCGACAGCCCCGCCAUCACGAGACAGCCUCCUGCACUUCCUACCAGCGGUUCAUGA